AGUUGAGUGGACCAGCAAAGGGCCCACUAAGUCCAUUUCCAGAUAAGGCAAAGAUAAGACCGAGCCCUUCACACCCGUCAGAUGGAUACUCACCCUCAUCCGACGGCCACAAAGCCACACCCUGGAUUAUCCAAUCAACCUUGAUAAAAAUACUCCACCUUCUUCACCAAAUAUAAUCCAACUCCUUCACCAACACACACACACACACACACAGUCUCAGUCUCAGUCUCAACUCUCAAACCCAUUAGCCCGAAAUCCAUGGCUGCCACUGCUGCUACAUCCUCCUUCAUUGGAACAAGGCUCCCAGAAGUUUACUCAAACUCGGGUCGAAUCCAAGCACGGUUUGGAUUCGGGACCAAGAAAAGCCCACCAAAGAGACCCUCAAAGCCCAUUAACGAUCGUCCACUGUGGUACCCAGGAGCUAAAGCUCCAGAAUGGUUAGAUGGGAGCUUGGUUGGUGAUUAUGGGUUCGACCCAUUUGGGCUUGGCAAGCCAGCUGAGUACUUGCAAUAUGAAUUGGACUCGUUGGACCAGAACUUGGCUAAGAAUUUGGCUGGUGAGAUUAUUGGGACAAGGUCUGAGAUCGAAGACGUGAAGUCCACACCGUUUCAGCCAUACAGUGAGGUGUUUGGGCUGCAAAGGUUUAGGGAGUGUGAGCUCAUUCAUGGAAGGUGGGCUAUGUUGGCUACUCUUGGUGCUCUCACUGUUGAGUGGCUCACUGGAGUUACCUGGCAAGAUGCUGGAAAGGUGGAGCUGAUUGAAGGUUCAUCUUACCUUGGCCAACCACUUCCAUUUUCCAUAACCACAUUGAUAUGGAUUGAGGUUCUAGUCAUUGGAUACAUCGAGUUCCAAAGGAAUGGAGAGUUGGACCCUGAAAAGAGACUUUACCCUGGUGGAAAGUACUUUGAUCCUCUUGGCUUAGCCUCUGACCCAGAAAAGAAAGCCACUCUUCAAUUGGCAGAGAUCAAGCAUGCCCGUUUGGCCAUGGUUGCAUUCCUUGGCUUUGCUGUCCAAGCUGCUGUCACUGGAAAAGGUCCUCUCAACAAUUGGGCUACCCAUUUGAGUGACCCUCUCCACACUACCAUUAUUGAUGCAUUUACCUCCUCUUAAGUACCUAGUCUUACAAGUUACACCCUGCUUUCCUUGGACUGUAAACGUUUUACUUAGCUGAACUAUGAUUUGUACUUUAUGUUGUAAAAAUUUUAAGUGACAUUUAAUAGGCUAAGCAGAAUGUGUUAUUUCCAACAUGCGGUGUGAUCAUGUCAACAUGGAUAUAGAGCUUUGAAAUUAGAGCAGAAGACACCCACCCUUCCUCUCCACUUUCUUUGGCGAUCACACCAAUCAUGUGAGUUAGAUUGGGAGCUUGUUAUGUUGGUGUACCAAUGAAAAUCGU